AUGGAGUCAAUCAACCAUUCCAUUCCUUCUCCAAUUCCAUCCUACAAAACACCUCUUUUUCCUGGUGAAAGUGGUGUAGAUCAGCUGGUAGAGAUUAUCAAGAAUAAUUACUUAAGUGGGUUUAUUCCUACUGAAAUAGGAAAUCUUUCGAAUCUUCAAACAUUGGAUGUUUCUAGCAACUCUUUGAGUGGAAGUAUUCCCACAUCACUUGGGAAUAUGAGGAGCCUUUUGAAUUUGAAGCAUAUUAAUCAGUUAUGUAAAGAUGAUGAUGGGGGUUCAACAGGCUCAGAGCCUACAGAAGAACUCUGGGAGGCAUUGCUUCUUGUUGCACUUAUGUGUUUCUGGGGUUGUUUUCCUUACAAAAAACUCGGUAAAAAUGAUGCCAAAGGUCUUGCAGUAGAUGUUGGUGGAGGUGCAUCGAUUGUGAUGUUUCAUGGAGACUUACCAUACUCUUCAAAAGAUAUUAUAAAAAAGCUGGAAACUUUAAAUGAAGAACAUAAAUUAAAAAUCAACAUUACAAACACCUUUUUCUUCAAUUUCCAUUUUCUUGAAAAAAUGGUUUCUGAUUUUGGUAUUGCAAAACUCUUGGAAGAUGAAGAAUAUCAUAUCACAACAAUUGUAGCUGGAACUUUUGGCUAUCUUGCUCCAGAGUAUAUGCAGAGUGGUAGAGCAACAGAGAAGACAGUUUAUCGAGAAAGGCCUUAA